UUGGCCCCAUGCUUCCCUCUGCUGAAGGAUCUGGUGGAAAGUAUAGAAAAGAUGGUUGAGAAGGUCCGCGAUAAUGAGAAAGGAAAGAGAGAUGAGUUGUCACUCAAAGCAGCAAGCUAUCUUGUACGGCUGAAAAUGCGCAAUGUAACCGUCUACGAAGGGUUACAAUUUCAUCGCCCAAUUGUAAAGCAUACUUCAAAACUGAGCCCAGGUGUGGAUCGAAAGCGGAUUGCUACGACGACUCCUCUUGCUGACGCAAAGAAGAAAAUAAGAACAGAGAAAGGAAAAGUGGUAGAGAAAAAGGAGCAGGAGUUGAAAACUCCGGAAAGAAAAGAGAUUCCGAAGAUGGAUAGAAAGGAGAAGAAAGAGGAAGUCCCUGUUAAGGAAGUGAAAAAAGAAGUGCCAGAAAGAGAAGAAGGCGAGGUUCCACCAAGUCCGCCUCACAAAAAGGUUCGGGUGCAAUCUAUAGAAAAACCGGCAAAUGGCGUAACGAAAGAACGCAAAGAACCACCUCCUGUUAAAGAAGUCAAAGAAGAAAAAAAGGAGUACAAAGAAGCAAAAGAGAAAAGGGAAGAGGAACGAAAAGAGGUGCGAACGAAAGAAAAGCGAGAUCCGACCCCGUCAAAGAAGGAAGAACCACUCAAAGAAACUACAUCACCAAGAAGAAGAGAUCGCGGACUCGAUGAUGAGGAGGUUGGCCCGGCGCUUCCACCUUCGAUGAGAGAAGAUCGACCAGAUGAUCGUAAACGCGAGCAGAAAACGCACAAACGAUCAGCUAGAGAUGAGGAGCAAAAUGGGUAA